UAGACAUUGAGCGUGUGUCUCUGCUGAUCUGAGCUCUGCAGUGCAUCUUCCCUGAAGCGUCUCCAGGGCCUGGAUGACCACUGUCCAUGGGCUAACUGUGGGCCCCAGUGCCCCAGUGAAGACAGGGACCCUCCCCAAACCUACCAUCUGGGCUGAGCCAGGCUUUGUGAUCCCCUGGGGGAUACUCAUGUCCGUCUGGUGUCAGGGGACACUGGAGGCCCAGGAGUACUGUCUGGAUAAAGAGGGAAGCCCAGAGCCUGGGACUAGACAAAAGCCACAAGAGCCUCAGGACGAGACCACAUUCUCCAUCCCACACACAACAGAGCAAUAUGCAGGGCAAUAUCGCUGUUACUAUCUCAGCCCCACUGGCUGGUCAGAGCACAGUGACCCCCUGGAGCUGGUGGUGACAAGAUUCUACAGCAAACCCACCCUCUCAGCCUGUUGAGCCCUGUGGUGACCUCAGGGCAGAAUGUUACCCUCCACUGUGGCUCAUGGCUGUGAUAUGACAGGUCAAUUCUAAGGAAGGAGAACACAAGCCUUCCUGGACCCUGGACUCGCAGUUACACCCCAAUGGCAGUUCUAGGCUGUGUUCCCUGUAGGCCCUGUGAUCCCCUUCCACAGGUGGAUGUUCAGAUGCUAUGGCUGUUGCAGGAACUUCCCCCAGGUGUUUUCACAGUCUAGUGACACCCGGAGCUCCUAGUCUCAGAAGCAGCUGACAGCACGAGCCCAUCACACAACAAGUCAGACCCCAAGAGUGGUGAGCAGGAGAAAUUCUCAUCAUGGGUCUGGCACAGAAUGUUGUGUCCUAUCAAGGGGAGACUACACAGUGGAGAAUCUCAUCCGGGUGGACGUGACUGACUUGAUCCUGGUAGUCUUUGGGAUUCUGCUAUCUCAGGCUCCACACAGCCAGAGGAACAUAGAUGCAGCCAGGAGAUAAACACAAGAGACAACAAACCCACUGCUCAGUGAGGUAGAACCUUGAAAAUGGAUCUUAUGGACCCAGGAGGUUCUGAAAGAAAAUCUGCAUCAUAUGUUGGUUGAACUCGCUGCUGAGAAUAUUGAGAUAGUAACAUGGUUUGGGUGCAGGAAAAUGUCUGGGUGUUCCCAGUCAAGAUUCUUUCUCUACUUAACCACGGUGUUCCCCACCCCCCACCAUUGUUGAAUCUCCUUUACUCCCCUCUUUCUUUACUCACCCCUAUGACAUGAGGGUAUAUCCUUCAAUAUAUACCUGAGGGUAUAUAUAUGAGGGUUUCUAUCCACACCUAUACAUACCUUCAUGCUCUGGACCACUUUUUUUUUUUUUUGUGAGAAAGAUCAGCCCUGAGAUAACAUCCAUGCCAACCCUCCUCCUUUUCUUCCCCCCAAAGCCCCAGUAGAUAGUUGUAUGUCAUAGUUGCACAUCUUUCUAGUUGCUGUAUGUGGGACGCGGCCUCAACAUGGCCGGAGAAGCAGUGCGUCGGUGCACGCCCGGGAUCGAACCCGGGCCGCCAGUAGCGGAGCGCGCGCACGUAACUGCUAAGCCACGGGGCCGGCCCCUGGACCACUUUUGAUAAACAAAAUGUGGUAUCUCCAUAACAUUGGACUUUUAUUCAACCAUAAAAGGAAAGAAGUACUGAUACACACUACAGUGUGGGUGAAUAUCAAAAUUAUGAAACUAAGUAAAAGAAGCCAGACACAUUUUGUAGAAUUCCAUUUAUAAGAAACAGACAGAAAAAGAAAACCCAUAGAGACAGAAAUCAGAUUUGUGUUUGUCAGAGGCUGAGCUGGAGGAGGGAGUGGAGACUGACUCCUUCGUGUUUCUUUUGGGGUGAUGUAAAUCUCUUGGAACUAGACGGAAGCGGUGGUUGCAACAUUGUGAACUUUCUAAAUUUCAGUGAAUUAUGUAAUUUAACAAGGUCAACAAUGUGUUAUGUGGAUUUUACAUCAAUAAAAGGAAAUGCAAGUAAAAAGAACACGGUUUCUUGUAGGUCCCUUAUAUCUAGAGAAGUUUCCCCACGUCCCUGCAGAGUUUUAUCUGCGGUAGGAUCCUCACCAGAAAAGAGCUGCCCCAAGUGCCACAGAGCUUAGAGAUGAACACACUGCACUGAUGAAUUUUCACCUUCGCUCUUGAUCUGCUAGAGUAUGGAAUGCAGGAUGAUCAUUCCUGCAUCCUUUAAGUCUGUGGUCAUCUGCAAGUUGACCAAGGAUGUGGUUUGAUUCUGCUUUAUAUUGUUGGUUGAUUAGGAGAUCAGAUUUUGGUGCUUCCAAGUAGCCCUUCCUACCAUAAGUCUCUUACAGCACACGUCUUAAUCAGGCAUAGAAAUGACACCUGACUGAGAUUCUUCUAUUCUCAGGCACUACUGACCCCAUAACAACUCUGAGAGGUGGGGUUGUGAUCAAUUUCCUACAAUGAAGAAAAUGGGAGUGGGCAUGUUACCUGCUCGAAGUAGAUGAGCUCCAUGAGUCCAGGAGAGGAAUUGGUCAGCUUCACAAAUGAAUCUCAUGUCUGGACACAGUAACUGCUCAAUCAACACUGGUUGAUGCCCAGAUGGUGGAAGGAAGCAAGAAUAUUUGCAUUUACAGAGUCUCAGGAAAGGGAAAUGAUUUACCUCAGGUCACCAAGUUUCUGUAAAAGGCAGAGUCAGAAAUGGAACUGAAAUGGGCUGGCUCCUAGGCCCUGCGCUGUGUUCUCUACCCUCAUGUUCUGGGACAAGUGUCACUCUCUGGAUUUGGGUUUGACAUGAGCCAUGGUGGCAGUGCGUGGGGGGUCUGGCGAGUCCAGAUCUGGUCUGGAAGAUCCCUGAAGCCUGCUGGUCCUCAAUCCUAUCCUUCAGGGAGAGUAGAGUGAGGCCCUGGGAGGGGCUGUUCCCCUUCCUAUGAGGCCUCUAAUGAGGAACCGGUGACACGUCACACAGACUCUGUCACACCGCCUGCAUCUGUCUGUCCUGCUGGGCUCUGUGGAAUUUAUAAGUCACCGGUGCUGCUGGGGAUCAUGGGAGGCAGUGCCAGGACACCUACUCUCACUGCUCUUCUCUGCCUUGGGCUGUGUCACGGCCCAUGGGACCAGGUACAGACAGGAGUGCCUCCCAAACCCUCCAUCUGGGCUGACCCAGGACCCAUGGUCACCAUCAGGAGCCCUGUGACCAUCUGGUGUCAGGGGACUGUGCAAGCUGAUGUCUACUGUCUGUACAAAGAUAAGGUCUCCAAACCCUUGGACAUGGAGGUCCCACAGGACUCCAGCAACAAGACCAGUUUCUCCAUCGAAUCUAUGAGCUCACACACUGCAGGGCUGUAUCAGUGUGCAUAUCACACCAGCUGGAACGGCUGGUCAGAGCGCAGUGACCCCCUGCCCCUGGUGGUGACAGGAGAGUUCAGUGCACCAUCCCUCUCAGCCCACCCAGGCCCUGUGGUGGCAUCAGGAGGGAAAAUGUCCCUCUCCUGUAGCUCAGAGUUCACAUUGAACACUUUCCAUCUGCUGAAGGAGGGAGGAGCUGACCGGCCCAGACAAAUGGAAUCGAGGAGCUUUCGUGGGAGGUGGCAAGCUGUCUUCUCUGUGGGCCCCAUGAACACCUCCCACGGGGGCACCUACAGAUGCUAUGGUUCUUCCAGCUCCUCCCCCUAUGUGUGGUCACACCCCAGUGACCCUCUGCAUCUCGUGAUGACAGGCGUGUACAGGGAGCCCUCCCUCUUGGCCCAGCCAGGCUCGCUGGUGCUGUCUGGAGACAACCUGACCCUCCAGUGUCUCUCAGAGGCUGGUUUUGACAGAUUCGCUCUGACCAAGGAGAAGGGCCUCACACACCCCCAGCAUAUUCAUGGGCAGCACAGCCCCGACUUCCCCCUGGGCCAUGUGAACCACACCCACGGGGGCCAGUACAGAUGCUACAGUGGACACAACCUCUCCUAUGCAUGGUCGGCCCCCAGCGCCCCGCUGGACAUCCUGAUCGUGGGAAUGUAUGAUAAACCCUCCCUCUCAGCACAACCAGGGCCCUCAGUGUCCUGGGGAGAGAAAGUGACCCUGCUGUGUCGCUCUGAGAUCUGGUUGGAUACCUUCCAUCUGUCCAAGAAUGGGUCACUUGCUCCUUCCCUGCACCUUCAUCUGCAGGACAUGGCUCCACCCUUUCAGGCCAACUUCACCAUCAGUCCUGUGACCUCUGACCAUGAGGGGACCUACAGGUGCUACGGUUCAGACAGCACCUCCCCCUACCUGUUGUCACUUCCCAGCGACCCCCUGGAGCUCCUGGUCUCAGCCUCACAUCUCCAAGACUACACAGUGGAGAAUCUCAUCCGGAUGGGUGUGUCUGCCUUCAUCCUGCUGGUCCUUGGGAUUCUGCUAUUUCGGGCUUGUCACAGCACAAGGAGACCCCAAGAUACAGCCAGGAGGUCAUUGUGAGUUGGAGGAAUCAUUGUUCAUGUGCAAGGGCCAUGUCUGGACUUUUCUUCCAUUGAACAGUGGAACUUUCCUUCCUGAUUACAGCUGAGUUUUCUUGACUGGCUCCUGUAUUUCCCCAUUUCUGUGAAAUCAGCAUGUAUCUCACAUGGCAGAUUAGGGUCCUCACCUCCUCACACUUUCUUCCUCUGGUACACUUUUAUAUAAUACAUUUUUCUUUAUUUCUAGUUACCACAUACCAUGAUCUCUUUAUUCAGAUCAUGCAAUCUGUUUCAAUAAAUCAAUAAAUUGGCAUAACAAAGGUG